UUUCAAGAUGGCUGCCGAAUCACUAAAUGAUGAAUUGGAAUACGUAAAACUGUAUAGAAUUAGGCCUCUUUUACUUCAUUUUUACCUAGCACCUUUUAUACCCAUCUACUUGACAUGGCUUUACUUCUGGACGAUGGUAUAUGGCGUUACAGAUUAUUUUGAAGCGGGUCUUAUUGCUUUGGCAGCGAUCGGAAUAUUACAAAUUCUUUCCAUGUUGUUCUGUCACUGGUCUGUUCAUGUAAGAUGUCUCUUCACCUGCUCAUCGGAAAAUAGUCCAACUCUUGCCACAGUAAUUAAAGUUGUUCCAACAGCAAAUAAUGGCUCCCCAGAGCUGCUCAAUCUACACCAUGAACAAGAUGGGGAGACACAAAAGGAAGUCAUAUAUUUUAAUUUUCAAAAGACAAAGUAUGUGUAUGAUAGUGAAGAAAAGAAACAGUUCUGUCAGGUAGCUUUUCCAGUCAAUGAAACUAUGGAUCAUUACAACAGUUGUAAAGGUUAUCAAGAGGAAGCAGAAGUUGAAAAAGGCAAGAAAAUAUACGGAUCAAAUGAGCUUCAGAUGGAUGUCCCAGAGUUCAGUGAAUUAUUCAAAGAAAGAGCUACAGCACCAUUCUUUGUGUUUCAAGUGUUUUGUGUUGGACUGUGGUGUCUUGAUGAGUAUUGGUACUACAGUGUCUUCACUCUUUUCAUGUUGGUUGCUUUUGAAGCUACUCUUGUACAACAGCAAUUGAAAAAUAUGAAGGAAAUAAGAAACAUGGGAAGCAAACCAUACUUGAUACAGGUAUACAGACACAGAAAAUGGAGACCCAUCUUGAGCUCAGAACUUCUUCCAGGAGAUAUUUGUUCUAUUGGUAGACCAAAGAACUCUGAUGUAUUGAUCCCAUGUGAUAUGGUGCUAUUGAGGGGCUCGUGUAUUGUGGAUGAAGCCAUGCUUACUGGGGAGUCUGUUCCUCAAAUGAAGGAGCCAGUCAAGGAUCUGCCAGGUGAUGAAGUGUUUGAUUUGGAGCAACACAGUAAACUACAUUUGUUGUCAGGAGGGACAAAAGUCGUGCAGCAUUCUCCUCCACUCAAGACUUCUGCUGGGUUGAAAGCUCCUGACAAUGGAUCUAUAGCCUAUGUUUUAAGAACAGGAUUCAAUACAUCUCAGGGAAAACUUCUACGGACUAUUUUAUUUGGUGUGAAGCGAGUCACAGCCAACAAUUUGGAGACAUUUCUCUUCAUCCUAUUUUUGUUGAUAUUUGCUGUUUCAGCUGCAGCUUAUGUCUGGGUCAAAGGUACUGAGGAUCCCAAGAGAAAUCGCUACAAGCUUUUCUUGGAGUGCACUCUUAUUUUAACAUCAGUGGUUCCACCAGAACUUCCGAUUGAACUGUCUCUUGCUGUGAACUCAUCACUGAUGGCACUACAAAAACUAGGUGUUUACUGUACUGAGCCGUUCAGAAUUCCUUUUGCUGGAAAGGUUGAUGUGUGCUGCUUUGACAAAACAGGAACUUUAACAAGUGAUAACCUGAUAGUGCAGGGAGUUGCAGGACUUAAAGAUGAUGAUGAAGUGUGUACAGUGAGUGAUAUCCCUGAUGAUACAGCUUAUGUGUUGGCCUCGUGUCACUCGCUCGCUUUUCUAGAUGAUAGUUUAGUGGGUGAUCCUCUGGAAAAAGCUGUGUUACAAGCAGUAGAUUGGAGGUUAACGAGAGGCGACAUUGUCAUGCCAAACAAAGGUAGACGUGUCUCUAUGCGUAUCGUACACCGCCAUCAUUUCUCUAGCGCUCUGAAGAGAAUGUCUGCCAUUGUAUCUCUACAAAAUCCGGGCUCUUCUUCCAGUGAAUAUAUUGUCACAGUCAAAGGAGCUCCUGAAACUCUGAGACCGAUGUACAAGAACGUUCCGAGGAACUACGACGCCAUUUACCAUAGAAUAACUUGUCAAGGAGCUAGAGUUUUGGCGUUGGGCUUCAAAAAGAUAGGCGAAUUAGCAGCUAGGGAGAUCCGUGAUAUGAAGCGUGAGGAGUGUGAAUGUGACUUACAGUUCGCGGGAUUCGUUGUGAUCGCGUGUCCAUUGAAGACCGACUCUAAGGCAGCCAUCAAACAGAUACAAGAAUCAUCACAUCAUCUGACUAUGAUCACCGGAGACAAUCCGCUGACUGCAUGUCACGUGGCACGCGAGCUGCGGCUCACUAGGCGUGAAAUAGUGGUUCUGUCACCACCAGAGAGCUCAAAUAAUCAUGUUGAAAGCGAGUGGCACUGGCAGCCAGUGGAUCGCUCUUUCAGUCUUCCCAUUAUUCCAUCAGGCGGUAUCAAAGAGUUGACGUCCAAAUUCGAUCUGUGUGUCACAGGCGAGGCAUUUUCCUACUUACAAUCUACAGAAAAAUUAUCAAAGUUUUUCCACGCCAUUGUUCAGAAUAUACAAGUAUUUGCCCGAGUAGCUCCUAAACAAAAGGAACUGGUCAUAACCAAACUCAAGAGUAAAGGUUUUGUGACUUUAAUGUGUGGUGACGGAACCAAUGAUGUUGGAGCACUCAAGCACGCGCAUUGUGGUGUGGCCCUGCUCGCUGGAGCGCCCGAAAAACUACCAGAACACGGAAAGAAGAGUGCUCACAAAUCCAAAGAAGAAAAGCAAUCCACACCAGCACAGUCAGACGAUAAAAGUAAAAACGAUUCCAUUAAGAUAGUUUCAAGAAGCCAUCUUCCCCCUGCACCUGUCAAAGGAGCUUCACGGGCAGCUAAGAUGCGUGCUGUGGCAAGGGGGGAUGACACAGCCUCCAAUUUGAAACAAGAGCAGCAGAAACGAAUCCAGGAGAUGUUAAAGCAGAUCGAUGAGGCGGAUCAACCUCAAGUUGUGCGUUUGGGAGAUGCUUCAAUUGCGUCACCUUUCACCUCUAAACUAUCGUCUGUCAUGGCAGUUUGUCACAUCAUCAAACAAGGUCGAUGUACACUUGUCACCACUCUACAAAUGUUCAAGAUUCUUGCGUUAAACGCACUCGUGCUGGCCUAUAGUCAAAGUGUGUUGUAUUUAGAUGGAAUUAAGUUCAGUGAUGGACAGGCAACGUUACAAGGCGUUCUAUUGGCUGGCUGCUUUCUAUUCAUUUCACGUUCUAAGCCUCUGUCGAUUCUUUCUAAACGUCGUCCUCUUCCAAACAUAUUUAAUAUGUAUACCAUAAUAACGGUACUAAGUCAGUUUGCUGUUCACUUCUGGGCUCUCAUAUUUAUGGUACAACAAGCAAAGCGUCUCACCCCGACCAUGAACUCACAGCAUGUUGACUUAGAAGCAAAGUUUCAGCCGACUAUCGUAAACAGUACAGUGUACAUCGUCUCAAUUGCUAUGCAACUGGCCACGUUCGCUAUCAACUAUAAGGGUCACCCGUUUAUGGAGAGCCUGCUGGAAAAUAAGGCCUUGCUGUACAGUCUGUUAGCCUCUGGUGGAUUCAUCGUGUGUAUGAUCACGGGAUCUGUCCCCGAAAUAAAUCAGCAGUUUGAAAUCGUGUCCUUCCCUCCCAAGUUCCGUGAAACAUUCAUGCAUGUCCUGCUAGCGGAUUUCGUGGCAGUGUUCGUCCUGGACAGAAUAUUAAACUAUUUGCUCGGUAGUGCAAAGCUUCGGCAGCAUUGAUGCAAGGACACACAAACUCCUCCGAAUAAGACGCAUUUCUUCAGCCGAACAUCUUCGACACCCCGAUUGAUUCCGAGGACCACGAUGAUGUCCGAUGGCGAGCAGAGGAUUUUUUUUUUAGAGAAUGAGAAGGAUUGCGAAGUAUAAUAUUCUCCGUGUUAGAUUAGCUAGACCCUAAAGAUAAUUGCUUUGCAAGCUGUAAAGAAGGCAAAAAUUGAAGAUUAAAUUGUUAUUUGUUACAGAGCAAAAGAUGAAAUAAACGUGCUCGUUUA